AUGGCAGGUCCCGUGAGACAACCCAUUGAUCUCCAAGCGCUGGAAAAGUAUAUCGAGAAGCAUGUUCCUGAAAUUCAGACGCCGAUUGAGAUUAAACAAUUCGGCUUCGGUCAAUCAAACCCCACCUACCAACUCCUCUCCCCCAACGGCCACAAAUACGUGAUGCGCAAAAAGCCCCCCGGAAAACUCGUCUCGAAAACGGCGCAUCAGGUGGAGCGCGAAUAUCGCGUCAUUCACGCGUUGGGAAAGACGGAUGUGCCGGUCCCGAAAACUUAUGGGUUGUGUGCGGAUGAGGGGGUGGUAGGGACGCCGUUUUAUAUUAUGGAGUUUUUGGAUGGGAGAAUUAUAGAGGAUCCGGGGAUGCCGGGGGUGGGGGAGGAGGAGAGGAGGGAGAUGUGGCACGACGCCAUCCGCACACUCGCCAAACUCCACCGCGUCGACAUAUCUGCCGCCGACCUCACAAGUUUCGGCAAAGCAAACGGCUUCUACGAUCGCCAAAUCAAAACCUUUGGGACAAUCAGCGCAGCGCAAGCUUCGACGGUAGAUAUCGAGACUCGGGAACCGGUGGGCCAGAUCCCACAUAUCGAGGAGAUUCUGGGGUUCUUCAAAGAUAAGAGAUACCAGCCGAAAGAUCGAGGGACGCUCGUCCAUGGAGAUUAUAAAAUUGAUAAUUUGGUCUUUCAUAAGACCGAACCGAGGGUCAUUGGGAUUUUGGACUGGGAAAUGUCCACCAUCGGGCAUCCCCUCUCCGAUCUCGUCAACCUCCUCUCCCCCCACAUCGUGCGCCCCGAAAAAAAAUUCGCCUCCCUCCCCCAAUUUCGCGAAGACAAUAUUCCCGGUCUCCCCUCGCAAUCUGAACUUCUCUCCUGGUAUAGGGAAACCGCGGGCUGGGAUCCAGAACCUGAUUUGGCGUGGGGGGUGGCGUUUGGUUUCUUUAGGAAUACGUGUAUUUAUCAGGGGAUUGCGGCGAGGUGGGCGGUGAGACAGGCGAGUAGUGCGCUGGCGGAAGUGCAUGCGAAGGCGAGGUGGCCGAUGGGUGAGUUGUGUUGGAAGUUUGUGGGGAGGGCAAGGGGGGAAAGGGAGGGGGGAAGUGAGGGGGUGAAGGCGAAGUUGUAG